AUGUCCACGGCCACAUCUUCCCCCACCCUCAAGCCCACUGCAGACAUGGGCGAUAUUAAGCGUUCCUCGGCCGCAAGCUCCGCCACUGGUGUGGCAGUCGCGACGCCACAGCACGACAAGGACAAGACGGAGCCCGAGCCACUGGCGUCUCCGACGUUGACCCACACCGAGCUCGUCACCGCCAAGAACGAGCGCGCUGCCGAGGUGGGCGAGUACGAGGCGGACCCGGAGCACCCGCUUGCCGUCCUCAGCAGUGUCCGCAAGCACGUCCUCCUCCUGAUCUUCUCCAUUGCCACGUUUGUCGAUGUCUGUAACGUCUCAGGCGUCGCUAUUGCUGUCGCGCAGAUUGCCGUCGACAUUGACCUCAAGACGUCCCAGACUGUCUGGAUUAUCACUGCCUACUCGCUCUGCUUUGCCUCGUGCAUGCUGCUCAUGGGCCGCAUGAGUGACCUGUUCCCGGCCCAGAUCGUCUUUGAGACGGGAUUUGUCCUCCUCGGUAUCCUCUCCCUCGUCACCUCGUUUGUCACCACCAACAAGUUUGGCUUCCUGAUCCUCCGUGGCCUCGGUGGCAUUGCCGGAUCGAUGACGAUUCCCUCAGCCUACCACCUCAUGGUGCACAUGUUCCCGGACCCCGAGGAGAAGGAGAAGAAACUCGCGCUCCUGGGUCUCGCCGGCGCCCUCGGCAACGUCCUCGGCCUCGUCCUGGCCGGCAUCACGAUGCUGGCGUCGUACCACUGGUUCUUCCGCCUCAUGGCCAUCAUCUGCAUCGUGUUUGGCGUGCUCACCAUCUUCCUCCUCCCCAACACCCCCUCGGGCUGGGUUCCCGACGGCGUGCCCCGCUGGCGCCGCCUGGACAUUGUCGGCGUCAUCCUCAUGGCCGGCGCGCUCAUCACGUUCAUCCUCGCACUCACCCAGGGCCCGAUUGACGGCUGGGGGUCGGCGUCGUUCAUUGCCCCGCUCGUCAUUGCGUUCUUCCUCGCGCCCCUCUUCUUCGUCUGGGAGGGCCGCAUCCAGCCCAAGUCGGCCGUGCUCCCGGCCACGGUUUGGAAGAUUAAGAACAUGACCCUCGCGUCCGUCGUCGUCAUGCUCCCGUUUGCGUACUGGGCCACCUCGCAGCUGCUGUACGCCACGUACUGGCAGUGGGUCACCGGCUGGAAGCCUCUGCACGUCGCGGCCGCCAUCCUCCCGCAGGGUAUCUCGGCUCUGAUCGUCGGAGGCGCCACCCAGGCCUUCCCCCAGAUCAUUACCAAGCCCCGCAUCUCGGUUCCCAUCGGCUCCGUCCUGAUCAUGAUCUCCGAGGUGCUCAUGUACUACUCUGACGGCGGUGUCGACAACCUCGACUACUGGAAGUACUGCUUCCCCGCGUUCAUCCUCGGCUCCAUCGGCGCCCUCAUCACAUACAUGGGCUCGGGCAUCAACCUCAUCACAUUCUGCCCUCCCGAAAUGGGCGGUGUCGCCGGCGCGUGGACGCAGGUCAUGUCGCAGGUCGGCGGCGCGAUCCUGCUGGCCAUCCAGGCCGGUCUCGAGGCGCCCGACCUGCACGACUGGCGCACCAACGCGCGCAGCUUUUGGUUUGUGUUUGGCGCGUUCGCCGCCGCCGGUGCCUCGUACGUCGUCUUCUACGACCAGCCCAUCUCCACCGAGGAAGAACACAUCAAGACCCGCCAGCGCAUCCGUGAGGUCGAGGAGCGCUUCGCCCAGCGCGACGCUGGCAAGGCUGAGAAGAGCUCGGUUGCGUAA